AUGUCGUCAGGGACCGACUCGCGAAUUAAAAAGAGCCGCAAUAGAGUGCCCAUUUCGUGCGAACCGUGCCGGAAGAAGAAGCUCAAGUGUGACCGCACGAAGCCAUGCUCUAGUUGCGUCAAGAAUAAGACCCAAUAUUCGUGUAAGUAUGCCAACCAGAACCUGGACAACAUGAACAAGAUGCAGCUCACGACUGAGAUCAUCAAUCUGAAAAUGAAAGUCAACAAGCUUGAGAAAAUCUUGCAAGCUAAUAAUAUCAACGCUAGUGAGUAUAGCGAUUUGUCGUUUGUGUUCAAUGAGUCAAUUAGCAGAAUGUGCGAAGACCAGGAGGACCCGGUACUUGAUUUAUCAGACAAAUUCGAUCGCAUGAUUUUCAAGGAAAACAGGAUGUUGCGUUCCGGUGCUACCUCCUACGUGACAUUUAUUAAAGCGGAUAAGCAAUUGAGCUUGCUCUUUGAGGCUCUCAACAAACGACAUGAGCAGGAAUACGAGGACUAUAUGAACGCACAGAAAACUAAGGUUCAGCACGAUUCUAAGAUGUUCGAUAACAGCCAGAUCGCGCGCAAACAUGCUUACCAAGACAAGGAUCUUUGCAUGGACUCCAUUCUGAGUGGGAUGACUACCACCACGCUCACCGCUCCAGAGCUUUUGAAGAGUCAUGACCUUAUCGCACUUGCAAGCAGCAAGCUUCCACCAAUGUAUGCCAUUGAUGCUCUCAUCGAUCGCUUUUUCACGCAUGCUUACUACCUGGUUCCGUUUGUUGAUGAGGAAACUUUCCGGGAGGAGCUAACGUAUGUUUUAUUGUCAGAUGAGAAGGGAAAUCCAAGUUUUAAGGUUACACAUCAUCAGAACACCUCGAUCGUUUCGCUGCUCCUCAUCAUCCUCCGAUACGCCUACAUGACCAUCAACGUGAAGGAGUUUGACGAAAACCCUCGCUCGAUAGAAGACGAGAACUUGGCAACCAUGUUGCGAAUGGGCAUCGUCAUUGGUCCACAGUAUGUGGAGCUGGCAAAGAAUGUCCUGUUGAGCAUGCCUCCCGAGGAAAGCAUUUUUAGAAAAGUGACGAUUCGCAACAUACAGGUGCUGAUGUUCCUCAGAUGGUACCAAAGCUACUCGCCAGAGCUGAGUGAGGAUUACUAUGAAGCGUCGAUUUCACUGAGCUUGAUCAUCCAGAUGUGCCGCGUGCUGGGCAUCAACAGAGAUCCCGACCACUUUCCUGAGGUGUUCCGAGACGAAAAGGUGAAGAAUCUCAGAAGAAGAAUUUUCUACAAGCUAUUUUAUAUGGACACAUUGAGCGCUUUUGAUCUUGGAACGCCAGUCGUAAUUCAUCCCGAUGAGUACGACGUCAAGUUACCAAAAAUCAGCGCCAAGGAUAAGGCAACCUUGGACGAUUUCAAGCGCGGAAUGUCUAUCAGUAUUACUGGAAAGCAACUCAAGUCGAUCAUUAAUGAAAAUGCGAUCAAUAGGGAUAUAGAUCUCGAGUUUGAAGUUGCCAAACUGAUCCGCCGAGCCCUCCAACUGUGUCGUAACUACGACGACGGUGCAAAAAAGUCCGAUUUCCUAGCACAUAUUCAAAGAAUUGAGCUUUUUCUGAAUAGUCGGCUAAGCUCAAUUUACGAGAUGCUGGACAGCGGAGAGCUAACUGGCAGUUUCAAGAUCGAGGAUCCGAUCGAGCGGAUUUUCAACAUUUCAAAGAUCAAAAAACUUGAAAUGAGACUGGUUCUCCUUUCCUUGUUGAAUUGUCUACACUACUUACUGUUCUUGUAUGCUUCAGAAGAUCAGGAGGAAGAAAAACUGGAGCACGCUGUGAAGGCGUCUGAACCUGCCUUGAUCUUAUUCAAAUUCACUUACGACUUUGUUAAGUACUUGACGGAAUCAUCCACCAUUCAUGGGGCUAGCAAGUCACAUCAGAAUUUCAAGCGGUUCUUCAAUGGCCUGGAGAUUCCUUUUGCAAGCAAAGUCCAGGCCUGUUUUAAUAGAGGCAUCUUGUGGACAAUGUCGAUUUUCCUGCAAAACUUCACCUCUGAUCAUUUGAAAUUUGAGAUUCUUUUGAAGAAGUUUGGCAACUCUGUGGAUUCUGUUGUUGUUCUGAAUUGGCUUAACAUUGACCUUGAUAGGAACACCAACGAUCAGUUCCUCAUCAUCAUGUUUCACUAUUUAAAGGAAUACUAUCUCAAUACUAUUGGUUUGAAGGCAGACUUUUUCUGUUGCUGGAGAGUUUCGAUGAUUAUCAAGAUUUUCUUCAACUUUUUCAAGAACACAAAGCAGGAGAGAUUCGAAAAGGUGCUCACGCAUUACGAGCUUGCAAGCGAAAACCAGAAUUUGAGAAAGGACUUCACGUAUGCCGAGGCCAGAAUUAUGAACUCGGACCCAGACAAACUGAAGAGAGGGCCCUCUUCGUCGAACAUAUCUAACCCGCUUGAAUCGGAGCCUACGCAACUGACCACCAAAGGAUUCGACCAGAUCAUUUACGAUAAUGGGGACGAGUGUCUGGACGACUUGCUCAAGGAGGAUCAUACCCACCGUCCACCUGCUCAUGCGUACUCUUUCUUCAGCGUCCCUGACUGCUACGCUCUGGCAGACCUAGGAUCGUUUCAGUCGAGCAAUUCCUUCUCAGUCAACCGCCCUUCUGAAACAGACUCUUUCAGCCACUCGAAUUCCACAGACCACCCUUCCACAGACCACCCUUCUACGAAAUCUAGCGGCUCCGUUGGAAACGUGACUUUUGAUGAUCCUAGCAAGGUCGACGUCAUGUCAUUUGGAGCGCCGGACCUUGUGAGUCCCUUCGACACGUACGCCAGUCAGAUCAGCGCAAUGGACCAGGAGGUUCCUGGCGAGAAGAGCAUUAACCUGCAAGACUUCAUCUCUCAGUUUUCCAAAGACCCGAUGUUUUCGAGCUGA